AUCAGAGCGAAGUCAGCAUGGGGCAUCAGAGCGAGGUCGGCUUGGUGGAUCAGAGCGAGGUCAGCGUUCCGGAUCAGAGCGAGGUCAGCAUGGGGCAUCAGAGCGAGGUCAGCGUUCCGGAUCAGAGCGAGGUCAGCAUGGGGCAUCAGAGCGAGGUCAGCAUGGGGCAUCAGAACGAGGUCAGCGUUCCGGAUCAAAGCGAGGUCAGCAUGGGGCAUCAGAGCGAGGUCAGCAUGGGGCAUCAGAACGAGGUCAGCGUUCCGGAUCAGAGCGAGGUCGGCGCUGGGGAUCGGACCGAGGUUGGCACGGCAGAUCAGAGGGAAACCGUCGCGGGGCAUCAGAGCGAGGUCGGCGCGGGGGAGGUGAACGGUCAGCGGCAGCCGGACGGCGGCGAGGACGAGGAGGACCCGCCGGAGAACGCCUCCGACUCGGCGUCCACCGACAACACCCUGGAGGACUCCAGCGAGUUCGUGGUGACGGUGCUGGGCCGCGGCAACCUGGACGACCAGGGGGAGGGGCCCGGCUCCGCCCUCUCCGAGGCCGGCGGCCUAUCGCAGGGCGGCGCGGCGCCCGGCCAGGACGAGGACGUGACGGCGGAGAGCUGGCGUAGCCACCGGAAGCACGUCUUCGUCCUGAGCGAGGCCGGCAAGCCCAUCUACUCUCGCUACGGCAACGAGGAGGCGCUGUCCUCCACCAUGGGCGUCAUGAUGGCCCUGGUGUCCUUCGUGCAGAGCGGGGACAACACCAUCCGCUCCAUCUACUCAGACGAGCACACGGUGGUGUUCAUGCAGCAGGGCCCCCUGGUGCUGGUGUCGGUGUCCUGCACCCGGCAGUCGGAGCAGCAGCUGCGGGCCGAGCUCCUGUACGUGUACAACCAGAUCGUCAGCAUGCUGACGCAGGCCAGCAUCAACCGCAUCUUCGAGCGCAAGAAGAACUACGACCUGCGGCGGCUCCUGGCGGGCUCCGAGAAGAUCCUGGACGGCCUGCUGCGGCUGGUGGACUCGGACCCCAGCUUCCUGCUCUCGGCCAUCCACUGCCUGCCCCUGGCGUCCUCCCUGAGGGACUCGCUCAGCCAGAUCCUGCAGAAGGCCAUCACGCCCAACCUGGUCUUCUCCAUCCUCAUCGCCAAGAGCCAGCUGCUCACCAUCGUGCAGGAGAAGACGGUGAUCGAGGACGCGCGGCUGGAGCCCGCCGACCUGCACCUGCUGCUCAACCUGAUCGGCGCCUCCUCCGCCUUCCAGGCGGGCGAGAUCUGGACGCCCAUCUGCCUGCCGCUCUUCAACCCCGACUGCUACUUCUACGCCUACGUGUCGUACCUGGACCCGCCCGAGUGCACCGUGUGCCUGCUGCUGCUGUCCACGGACAAGGAGGCCUUCUACGCGGUGGCGGAGUGCAAGCGGCGCAUCGAGGAGGGCAUGCGCGCCCACGGCGCCCUGCGCGCCAUCGCCCGCGCCCAGCCCUACUGCGCCAGCCAGGUGGGCGUGCCCGACCUCCGCCACUUCAUGUACAAGCCCUUCGACGUGCCGGACAACCACCGCCAGCUCACCCAGUUCACCAGCCCUGAGAUGGAGGCCCCGUACUGCAGCGAGGAAGAGCGGAGCCGGCUGCUGGACCUGUACCGCUACAUGCACAGCCGCAUCCACAGCAGCUCCCGGCCCCUCAAGCUCAUCUACCACGUGGCCGAGAGAGAGACCCUGCUGGCCUGGGUGACCAGUAAGUUUGAGCUGUACACCUGCUUCAGUCCCCUGGUGACCAAGGCCUCCGCCAUCAACGCCAUCACCAAGCUGCUGCGGUGGAUCAAGAAGGAGGAGGACCGCCUCUUCAUCCGCUGCCCCCCCAAGUACUCCACCACCCCCAACCCCAGCAAGAGCUCCCGCGCGGGCAAGGGGGGCUCCGACAGGCCGGACACCGCCGACAACGGCUUCCUGUCCCUCUUGUAGCACCGCCCCCCCCCGCCCCACCUGACAUCCUGCCAACUCGAUACACACACACACACACACACCAGCGAGCGUCACAGGCCAAACCUCUGCAGUGUUGGGUUUGUUUUAAUUAACAGGUAAAUAGCUGUAUUACCACAUGUAUGAAGCUAUACGGGGAAAAAAGUACAGCAACACCCUCUCACAAGAGGGAAUUCACAUCACAAGCUUCCAUAGUUCUUGUUGGGACGUCGUCCAGCUGACUGGGUUGUACUACAUAUUGGGUGAAUGAAAGGUUUGAAAUAGUGUGUAGUACUGAAUUUUCAGAGAAUGUCUUUCGACUUUUGGAAAUGUUGAACAUCAUAGCGAGUAUUCAGGUUUGUUUUGAUAUGAUUUUGUAUGAAAUUGCACUACUGUUCACAUAUGGUAUUCAGUGGUUUCACCAGUGAAUUAUUAAGAUUAGCUGAAAGAUUUAUGUACCAUAUCAAUGUUGGAAAAAGGAACAUUUUUAUGGGAACACCAAUGGCUUUUUUUGUUACAAAGACAUGCUCUUAAAUAUGUUUUUGUAGACGUAUCUACACACGAAACCAUUGCGCAACACUUGCUAACGCAUCGUUGUUUAAGAUCCUGAGUGUGGUGUCCGGUUUUCUUCAACAGAAUACUCAGAUUUUACACUUUUCACAUCUUCAGGUUUGUUCUGAUAAAAUGUCUGGUGUACAUAUGUGGUGCUUUUUAAGUUGUAAUGAGGGUGGAGUUUGUUAAAAAAAAAAAAGACCUGUGAUCAUUUUCUUUUCUUGUUACUUCGCUAAAAUUGAGUUUGAUUUAUUGUUAUUGUUAUUAUUAUUAUUAUUAUUGAAAGGUGAUUCUGCUUUAGAUAUGAUUUGUCUUAAAUUGCUUCAUUCUGCAGUGCAGAAAGUGCAAGUCUUCGGUUUGAGAAGCUGAGGUAUCUUUUUUUACCUCCAGCCGGAAAGCCUUUGAGAAGAAGCUGCUUGGAAAACACCUCUCUGUUAAUCAGACCUCCGCGCGCCGUCUCGUCUGGACUUAAAAUGGCUCUUUUACGUUGUAGGAAAGUUUGCAAGAGCAGCAGCACUGUUUUGCUCAUGGAGUACUGUGGGUAGGGAGGCGGAGCAAAAGGGGGGGGGGGGGAGGUAUUUCUUUGAGUGUCCGUCAUUUUUACUGCAUCCCCAUGGAAGCACGGCGCCAUGGUAAUUUUGGAAUGACGGGCGCGCCAUUGUGCACGUUUUAUAACAAUCAUCGGCGGACAUGUUAUGUUUGAAGGUGGGACAGUUUGAGAAACCCCCCCCCCCCCCUCGCUCGACGCCGGACACGCGCGCGCUCUCCGCGCUUUAGCUGAUGGGUGUGCGGACCGCUCCCGCGACAGAGCGUGUGCACACGCCCUACGCUUUUUUUUUUCCCAGGUUCUUUUUCACGAACGACGCCAGCUUCUUCGCUGGCUUCUUCGCAACCUUCCGCAAUCACGCCAGGCCCAAAAUGUCCGCUCUCGCUUUUAUUCAGACUGGGACAAAUCCAGGGACCGGCCUGCUUUAAACUUGUAAAAAGGUUAAACGCUGAAUGUGUGGACUACUGAAAUAAACCUCCCCUGUUCCCCAGCGUGCAUCCCUGUCUGUUGACGUGUGUUUCUCUACCAUUCAGUAAAGGAAACAAGACUGCA